AGAUGCACAGCCAGACCAGGAGCCCAUCAAGUAUGGGGAACUCAUCGUCCUGGGAUGCUGUGAGGAAGGAGGUGAGGAAACCGAGGCUCAGAGAGGGGAAGUGACUGGUCCAAGGGCACACAGCUGUUCUUCAUCCUGGCACUCCCUGCUCCAAAAUCUUCCAUGGCUCCUUCGUCUCAUAGAACAAAGCCUAGACUCCUAAGCUUGGUGUUCAGGGUCCUUCCACCAGCUUCAUCCUCCUCUACAUCAGUUCACCACCCACAUCACCACUCCUUGAUCUCACCAAACCCUGCCAGCCUCAGGCCCUUCAACUGGGGCAAGCCUUCCCUCUAGAAGGGCUUCUGCAACAGAGGCCGGAGUCGGACAGACCCAAGUUCAAAUCUCUGACUUUUUCACUUACUAGCCUGGGACCUCGGGCAGGUCAUUUUACCUCCCUGAGCCUCAAUUUUCCUCAUCUGUAAAAUGGGAAGAAAGAUACCUGUCUGGCAGGACAUUGCACAGAUUCCAUUAGGUAAUUAAUAACGUGAAGCCCCGGGAACAUGGGAGCCUCCAGAACGUGGCAGUGAUCAAGGCUGUGACUCACCUCAUCUUUGCCUUCCACAAUCACUCCCUCCGGAGAAGAGCUGGAAGGAAGCUACAAUGGGUGUCUGGCAAGUGGGGACAAAGGCCGCCGGAGAAGCCGCCUGGCGCUGAGCCGCCGACCCCAUGCCAACGGAGUGAAGCCAGAUGUCAUGCACCACAUCUCCACACCACUCGUUUCCAAGGCACUGAGUAACCGUGGCCAGCACAGCAUCUCGUACACACUGUCCCGGAGCCACUCGGUCAUAGUUGAAUACACACAUGACAGCGACACGGAUAUGUUCCAGAUCGGCCGUUCCACGGAGAACAUGAUCGAUUUUGUGGUAACAGAUACAUCCCCUGGAGGAGGGGCUGCUGAGGGCCCCUCAGCCCAGAGUACCAUCUCUCGCUAUGCCUGCCGCAUCCUCUGUGACCGCCGGCCACCCUAUACUGCCCGCAUCUAUGCCGCUGGCUUUGAUGCUUCCAGCAACAUCUUCCUUGGAGAGCGGGCGGCCAAGUGGCGGACCCCUGACGGCCUGAUGGACGGUUUAACCACCAAUGGGGUCCUGGUGAUGCACCCAGCAGGCGGCUUCUCUGAGGACUCAGCCCCGGGUGUCUGGAGGGAGAUAUCAGUCUGUGGGAACGUGUACACUCUGAGGGACAGCCGCUCUGCACAACAACGAGGGAAGCUGGUGGAAAAUGAGUCCAAUGUGCUACAGGACGGCUCCCUCAUUGACCUGUGUGGGGCCACACUGCUGUGGCGCACGCCAGCAGGGCUGCUGAGGGCACCGACGCUGAAGCAGCUGGAGGCCCAGCGGCAGGAGGCGAAUGCGGCACGGCCCCAGUGCCCUGUGGGCCUCAGCACUCUGGCCUUCCCCAGUCCGGCCCGUGGCCGCACGGCACCCGACAAGCAGCAGCCUUGGGUCUACGUCCGGUGUGGCCAUGUCCACGGCUACCAUGGCUGGGGCUGCAGGAGAGAGCGGGGCCCCCAGGAGCGCGAGUGUCCUCUCUGUCGCCUUGUGGGGCCCUACGUCCCUCUGUGGCUUGGCCAGGAGGCCGGCCUCUGUCUGGACCCUGGGCCACCAAGCCAUGCCUUUGCACCCUGCGGCCAUGUCUGUUCUGAGAAGACUGCCCGCUACUGGGCCCAGACACCACUGCCCCAUGGCACCCAUGCUUUCCAUGCUGCCUGCCCUUUUUGUGGGGCCUGGCUCACUGGUGAGCAUGGCUGUGUCCGCCUCAUUUUCCAGGGGCCACUGGACUAGGCUCCCCCAGGCCCCGGCUGCCAUGCCCACCUGCCCACCCAGGUCCCCCACCUCCUGCAGCCCAGAGGGAGCUCUGCAUGUGGGACUUUACCUGCUGGCACAUAGCCACACCAGAUGGACACGUUGGAUGGGCUGUGUUCCUUCCCUCUUGACCCUUGUCCCUGAAACCCCUACCCCAGUCAGAAUGAUGGGGCCCUUAGCACCAGCUCUGUCCUGGGCUGAUGGAGGGAAGCCCACCCCUAUGCCCUGGCCCUUCCUGGGGUGUCCCACAUCAUGCCGCCUACACUGUGUCCCUGGGGGAGUGAAGGGGCUAUGGGUCCCUGACCCCCAGCUCAGGCUGGCUGUGCCCUGAGCCUGCCGACCUAGCUCCAGAUACUCACCCUGCUGCUGCCCUGGGUUCUCUAUAAACCUUGCUGCUCAGCUGCCCUCACAAACCCCACGUGUCCAGCAUGCGUGCAGUGCCGCCAGCCCCUGCAUGAGUGAUGGGUGGGCAGCAGGCGGGGGCCGGCAUCUGCUGAUACCCACUAUGGGCUGAACUCCAUGCUAAGUGGGCUCUGGGGACACAGAGACAAUCAGACCUGGUUCCCUGCCCAGUGGAAUUCAGUGUAGGGGACAACAGACCAAAUCACUGAAUGACAACAGUUUCCUGUGUACCAGGAUCAGAGACUCAUCAGGGGCUGCGGAGCAGGUCUUGCAAACAGGCAGGAGAGGGAGAGAGGUUGGUGUGGGAACUCCCCACAAGAAGGGGAAGGUGCUUGGGCAGGAGAUAGGCUGAGCACAGGUUCCAGUGUGAGGAAGCAGAGAAAUGAGUGGCUAGAGCAAGAGGUUGGGGCUUCCUUGAGGUGGAAAAUGCUGAAUGGAGGCUCUGGAACCUCAUUUGUGGACAGUGACGAGUGGAGAGAAGGGAGAGGACUGACGGUCCCAGAGUGCUGGCUGAGAUAGAAGGGCUACUAUUACCAAGUGCUCACCAUGCCCUGUGCUGUGCUGCUGCUGCUGCUAAUAACUAUAUGAAUAGAGCACUAACCAAGAGGUUUUGCUAUUUAAUCCUCAUAAUUACCCAGGGAUGGAGGUGUUCCCAUUUCUGUUCUGGGGAGAUUAAGGCACAUGUGCCAAGUCACACAGCUAGAAAGUAGCCAAGCCAGGAUUCAAAUCUGAGAUUGCCUGCCUGGCCUCACCCUGGCCUCCUCCAUCACACUGUACUGCUUUUCUUGGAUGGGGGUGGGAGGAAUGGGGAGGGCAGCUCAGGGCACAGGAACAGCAUGUGCAGAUGUGUAGCAGGAAAAUGCUCAAGGCCAAGGAGCCAGGUCUGGAUGGGCAGAAAAGAGAAAGGACAUUGGGCUGGGGCCUUAGUGGCCCUUGGUUGCCAAGGAGACCAAGUCAACUGGACCCUUACUCUUCUUGGCUAAGUGUCACCUCCCCCUGAGAGCCAAGGCAGGCUCAGUGUGCUACUGGGGUUGCUUUCAGACAUUCUUGGGGGGAAGCAAGCUAGGGAGACUGGUAGAUGGAGAUUCUGGAGAUAGAAAAAUCUGAAAAAGAGGCUCUAAGUACAGGCCUGACCUGGGCAUCAUCCCCAGUUGAAAACAGCUGCCAGAGUCUUAGGGAGUACAAGUUUGGGGUGGGGGAAACCUGCCCCAGGUCACACAGCUGGUGGGGGCCACAGAGACCAGACCUGGUGCUCUGGAGAGGACAGAGGGUUCCUGCAGGUGGUAAAAAGGGGAAGUGAUGAGAUUCUUGCUCCAGGAGCAACACACUCCUGGAGCACUAGGGAAACAGAGAUGGGGAUGCUUGGGUGGAUGUGCAACUCCUAUACACACACACACACACCACUAGGAAUCCAGCUCUACCCCAUUGUUCUCGUUUCUGACCCUGUUGAGAACAAGGCAGGGGGUGUUCCGAUUCCAUUUCCAGUAGGGAAACUGUAGACCUUGGGAGGAGAGACAAGCAAAGAGCAGAGUAUCAUCCAGGGAGAUCUUGGAGAUAGUGGUAGAGGGUAAGACAGCCCUGAUCUUGGCCCAGUUCUGCCCCUCUCUGGCUUUUGGAGCCUCAGUCUCCUUACCCAUUAAAUGGAAGAGCAAUUCCUCUAUCACCAGGUGGCUGUGAAUGUAUGAAGAGCAUCUGUAACACAGUAGGUAUUUAAUGUUUCUUCCUCAUCUACCCUUCCUGCAUUUCCAUGGAGAAGAACCAAGGCUAAGGA